GUUUUCCAGUGUUUCGGUAAACCACCCAAGUUAAUAUAUCGAUGCAAAAUGCACACGUCUUUGAUCUUUCCCCUGGUCUCAAACUGGAGACAGUGGUGAAGCAAUCGGAGCGCCGGGAGCGGGGGAAUCCAUGGAUGGGACUAGCAGCAAUUCUAGCACGAAGUCCUCAACACUCCGCUGGCAAAUCCUUCGCCGCGCGCUUCUUCGUCGUCCUGCAUCCGGCCCAGGUUCAUUCAAUCAUAUAGACAGACUUGUAUGUACCCUAUCUCGCGUAUCAUCCAUAAUAUGUGCUGUGCGUAACAGAGUUCUUCACAGAUAACCAAUCCGACAUGGCCAUUGAACAAAUAUCAAGAAAGGCGACUCGUGGUUUCAAUUUGAUACCCUGCAGUUUAGUGGAAAAUUGUUCACAAGAAAUUUCUGAUUCUCUCUUACGAAAAGACGCAUUGCGCAGCUCUGCUCUUCUCUGUUACACAUUGCCCCUUCCCAAAUCUCCCCAACUUACUCUGCAGUAAGUCUGCAAGUCAAAUUCUGACGUUUGAGUCGUUGUUCAUAGCUAUUGGCUUAUUGCCUUGUUAGGCUUCAUGUUCACAUCUUUGUUAUAUUGGUUCUCUAUUGUCCAAUUUUCACUUGUACGUAUUUUAACUUGGGAGUUCGGACUUCUUCUUCAAGGUCUGUUUAUGAUUUGAUAAAUUAGAGUACUAGUUCUGUAAAUUGAAAUGAGCCAUGUUUGUAAUUCUAAAAAUAGUACGGAGUAUUAAAAACAUUUUAUUUUCCUUUUGGCAUGGAGGGAUUUUGGACUUUGGAGUGCAUUGUACUAGUAAAGGAACACUAAAAAGUUACAAAGGACUCGGUGUUACUUGUACUUUGUCUCUUUUGUAUUCUUAAAGAGGUUGUAUGCUUUCCCUUUAUUCAAUUCAUUCUAAUAUGAAUUGGAAGCCUCAAAUAUUCAAACUAUAAGUUCAUUAGCCAUAAAUGGGCACUUGAGAACCACUCUGUUUAUCUAUUUUUGGAAAUGAGCUCCCUCAUAAAUCUGACGUGAGAUGUGGGGGUAUUUCCAAACAUCUAUGCCCUCUUUGUGUUUGAAAAUGUACAAACUUUGACGAAUGAUUAUAUACUUUACUGUUUCUGCUUAUGACUUGCAUAAAAAGCAUCAUUUUUUAGUGUUCGAAAUUGAAUUGAAGGUGUGGAUCUGUUUUUUCCGUAUAUGUUCAGUAGUUCUUGUUUAGCAAUGCUAGUUUCUGACUUUUGGAUUCGCGAUGCAGCCAGAGAGUGAAUGGUAUUGUGGAUCUCAGUGACUUUGAGGUUUGUAAUAGAUGUAAUAUUGACAACACCGGGCUUGUUUGUAAGUGUGUUACUUUUAUAACCCGAAAAUCAAUAAUUUCUCUGACAAAUGCAAACAUUUUAAUUUUACUUCAUGAAUAGUAUUCUUCUUUGACAUGUCACUUUAUUGAACAAUAAAUAAAAAGUAAAGUAAGAAACGUUUUGGGACAUUAGGACUUGCUAUUCUCUGAUACAUGGAACAGCUAAUUAUAUUCAGUAAUAGAUUUUCCAGUUCUGGACAAAAGCAAUGCAGUUGAGUGUUGCUUUAAAGUGGAAGAGUGCCAAGUGGAGCCGUGCUGUCUCACAUAAACCAUCACUUUACCAAAAUAGGGAUCAAGUCCUCUCUCAGCACCAAAAGAGAUUCAAAACAAUAUACUACGUAUUAUUUUUCAAAAAGAGAGUCCAGAUUGAUCAUCUGAAACUAAUUUUUCAUAUUUUUUUCUAAAAAUGAAUUAUGAAGUGUACUACUAAUAUGCUUCUGAACCGUACCAUUCAAUUCACAAUCAGAGAAGUGAUACAAAGAUUCACUGUAUGUACAGAAGUAAUGAAGCCUUUGGCAGCCACGUAUUUUUAUCCAAAGACGCACCAAAUAGGUUUAUUUUUUAUUUGGAAUUUUGUGGUAAGUCUGCCAAGGAACUUUUCUUUAUUUAGAGAGCUUGCAAGGAGGGGGGGGGAUCUAUAUUGAGUUUCUUAGGAACAGCAACCUCACUUCUCAUGGUCACUUCAGAUUAAUAAACUAAAGACUUGGACAGGGUUGACUCUCAACUCUAGUGCAUAGAUGAAACACAAGUGUUCAUGUCAUGCAAUUUCAAUUUUUUUUGUUUUUUAGGUACCAGUUUCAAUGUUUCAUAUCUUUUUUCUUUAAAAAACAAGUGUAUGGGAUACUAGUACCAAAGAGUGGUCAUAUUGAUGAUAUAUUUACCUAUUGUUGGAUAGGUCAAUGGCCGUCUGAGGAUGUCCUUGCCUACUACUGCUUGUUACAUGCUGACAUGUUCAGGUUCUUAAACCGCUGAACAUCAUGUUAUGAUUCACAUUUUCAAACAUUUAUCAUUGUAAAUUUUACUCCGCCAGUGUUUGCACUCGUCACCACUUUUAGGGAUAAAAGAGUCAUUGAAGUUGGAGCAGGAUAUGGCAUAGCUGGCUUGGUUGUUGCGGUAGCCACAGAUGCACUAGAAGUGGCAAUCACUGAUGGGAAUCCUCAAGUUGUUGAUUAUAUACAGCGUAAUGUAAGCACCAAUUCAGGCAUGUUUGGCGGUACAGCGGUUAAGUCAAUGAUUCUACAUUGGGGUCAGGAAAAUGUACCGGAUAUCUCCAAUACCUUUGAUUUCAUUAUUGCAAGUGACUGCACUUUCUUUAAGGAAUUCCAUGAAGCUCUGGCUGAAACCAUAAAAUCAUUGCUAAAGAAAGACAGUCCCUCAGAAGCUCUACUUUUUUGCCCGAAAAGAGGUGAUUCAUUGGACAAGUUUCUCGGGAAAGUUAUAGGCAGUGGAUUGAAUUUCACCAUAGAAAACAAUUAUGACGCUGAAAUUUGGAGGCGUCACCAGAGAUUCCUAUAUGGUGAUGAAUCCUGGCCGAAUUAUGAGAUGGAUCACUGCUAUCCUUUGCUGCUUAGAAUAAGAUGGUGAAAGGUCCAACUCAUGGAGGGAGGAAAUCGGGUAGAUUUUUUUUAUUCCUCACAUUUUCAUUCUUAAUACUAAUUCGCUCAUAAUUGAGCAAGCUUUGUAUUUUUAAAAGGAUCAAACAAGUCUUAUUUUGAGAAUAAAACAAGCUUUGUAUUCUUAAUACUCAUAGUUGUGCACUUUGUCUAUAUUUGAGUUAUAUUUGAAGCAAUUUCUUAAAAAAAGUAGUAUC